GUUUUUUUUGUGACCAUGUCUAUUUUAGACAGUAUUGCGUUAGACAAGGAAUUUGCUACCUUUGAGGAUAUCGAGAAAACAAUAAAGGAAUUAGAAACAGUGCUUUGCUAUCCUCUGCACUUUGGUGACGCAAAAACUAUAGUUGCAUACAACAAAUCGAUAAAAAAGCCAUUGGAUGAAAAGUGGCGGUACAAACAUGUAGAUGUACAAUGCUCACAUUUUGGCAAGCACAAGUCUAGAUCAGCUGGAAUUAGGCCGAAUCAAAGCGUUUACUCAGUUGGGUGCCCUUUCCACUUCAGGGUAGUUUUCUUUCCCUUGCUUGGCAAGUUUAAGGUUUCUUCUUGUAAUUUGGAGCAUAAAAACCAUGCUAUUUCAAAGGAUCAUAUCGAACUAUACCGUAGAAAACAGAAGCUUAAAGAAAACCCUGCUGCGUAUCAAUUUGCCACUUCCGCUUUAGCUGUUGGAGGGAAUGCAACGCUAACUAGAAAAGAAAUGAGCCAAACCUGGGGCCAUUUCUUGAAAAGGAAGGACCUUCAAAACAUGAAACAGGCAAUGACAGGAUUGUCUUCGGAAGUGUGGCAAUCUACUACGGAAAUACUUGCUAACUUGACAAGCAAUACAGAAAACAUCGUGAACGUAACCUCUGACGAAAAAGAGGAAAUAAAAUGCAUUUACGUCCAAUUGUCGGAGCAAAGAAGAUUUUAUCAACGCUAUGGCGAAGUGCUUCAACUCGAUGGAACCCAUAGCGUUACUAACACACCCAUGCCGUUAUACACAUUAAUUGUGAAGGACAAUUACGGGGUCGGCCAACCGGGCUUUUUUUUCGUAAGGGAAGAAACCGGUGAUACGAUUGCCAUCGGUCUUAAGCAGUUUUGCGAGAACAACGAUAAUUCCAUCACACAGGUGUUUCUUACAGAUAAGGACUGCGCUGAGAUAGCUGCCAUUAGAUGUCAUUUCCCUAACGCCAAACAUCUUCUUUGCCACUUCCAUGCUCUGAUGGCAGUAGAUCGCCGUCUCAAUGAGACUGACCUUUCUAAAGGAUUUAAAGAAGAAAUCUACCAGGUUUUUCACGACACUGUAUACGCCCAGACCAAUGAGGCAUUCAUUGAAGGACAGGAAUACCUUUGCGCACUAGAGGAUGACAGUCUCGGCCGUUAUUUUGACACCUUUUGGUUUAAUACCGAUUGGGUAACUACGUGGCCAAUUAUUCACCGCCGAAACCUUUGCACGUUAGGAGAUAACACUACCAAUAGAAUAGAAAGGUAUCAUUUGACCAUUAAAAACGUACUUAAUCGAAAAGGACGGAAAUUCAACACAGUCCUUCAAACGCUGUUGGACAUAGCAACCUCGCGGCUACUCGAUAGGGAUAUGAAGGAACUUGAAAAUCAAAUAAGAUUCCCUACCACAUCUUUUUCGCCAUUGCUCGAUAAACUUAACAUGCUACGUUCUUUAAAUAACAGGUUAAGAGCUAAUGAGCCAACGGACCUGCUUGAUGGUGAGUAA